AUCGUAACAACUUCAUAACCAGCACAAACACAAAUACACUUGGUUUACCGACAUGAGGUCCAGUUCCGGUUCCGCUUUCGUCGUCGCGUUCUCGAUGUUGGCUAUCGUGUGCAGUGCUAAACCGAGCAAUUCGCCUCUACCUGCUGAUACGGAAACUUUAGACGGACCACCUUUCCUGGCGGAACUGCGUGAUCAAUGUCGCAACACAACGGGAGAUGAUCGAUCGUUCGACGAACUGAAAAACUACAUCUCCACCGAUCUGCCAAAAUGUUUUAUGGCACACGUCAACAUGGACCAACUGAAAACCGACACCUCCAAGCUGGAGGAGAAGGAAAAAAAGAAGCUUUUCGAAAAAAUUUGUGAGCAAAUCAACGAAUCUGUCACCUGCCUGACACCGGUAAAGGCCAAACUAAAGCCCUGUCUCGACGAGGAAGAUGUCAUGAUCAUGGAGCAAGUCGUUGCCAGCGUGCCAGAAGCAUUAAAUAUGGCCUGUACCAACAGUGGAGCCCUUCUACAGAAAUUUACUGAACCAGCGUAUCGGUCCUGUGCCAUGGAGCUUCCGCCAAUGAUAGAGGAAUGUACCAGCGAAUUUCCCGACAGUAUGGAGCAUGUUCCAUUUUCACAGUACACCGAAAAACAGUGCGAUGAGAUCUACAACAUGCGAGACUGCUUCUCCCGGCGAAUCGCCGAAUGUGGAGCGAACGGCUACAUGGACUUCUUCAUACUGUUCUAUCGAAAGCUGCUUGCGCUAACGCCUUGCAAAUAGCAUGGUACCAGAAGCGCCACUACCCAAGGUCUCCGCCAUCGUGCUCCUUGAACAGUUGCUGAAGAAUAUAAUAAAC